AUGACUGCAGACCAGUCCUCUCAGGAAUCAACGAAUAAGCCGAAGGCAAAGUCAAGAAAGCAAACUAGUCAUGCUAGUAAAAGGAGAGGAAAAUUGAAUAGAAAUCGAAGAUUUGAGAAUGAGAAGAGCUCUAGAGAUAAACCGAAGGAAAUAAAGAACGAUUAUAAAUACUUAGAAGUUGUCAAACUAGUAAAGAGUAUUCAACCAGUGACCAUAAAUGGUGUCCGUACUGAUGCGAUACUUGAACAGGCUCAAAAAUCCCUACAGAGCUCAAAGCAGCAUGAUCCAACGGAGCCCUUCCCCAGCUCAUCGAAGAAUCGCAAGAGGUCUACAAAUGUUUCACUCAUAAGCAGCAGCUUGGAAGACUUUUUUGUAAGGCACCCGAGCUCGCCACUUUACUUGAGCUUUGUAAUCGAGAAUUUAGACCCAGACUUUCCCUAUGAUUUACCCUUUCUUCAAAUUACCCUAUGCAUUCCCACAACUUAUCCAUACAAGAACGAAAAACCUCAUAUAGUUGUUUUGAACGACGACAUCCCAAGGGGUUUUGCCGCCAAUGUUGAAAAAGGAUUUGAGAGAAUAGCUAAUAUAGCAUUGGGAGCAGAGGAUGAGGAUAUCAAACUAGUGAAUGGACGCGGACUUCUUUCACAGAUCCAAACUUUAAAUCGCUAUUUAGAAUUCUUUUUAAAGCAAAAGAGUAGGCCAACUGUUACUUUUGUUAAACCGAAGAGCAAGAGACAAGUGCAAUAUAAUGAAACAUUAGGGAGCAAACAAACACAUCUGAAAAAUGGGAAAUCAGUGUCUUCUAAAGUAAUCUUUAAUCUGCUUCCAUCAACCACUGAAAUAGGAUAUAGACAGAGGCUUAUAAACGAGGUUAUUGAUAGAAAGAUUAGCUUGAAGCUAUUCAAAAAGAACUCUCACCAAAGUGUUUACAAACUUCAGCUUCCUAUUCGAAGUAAUGACUCAAGCAUUCCAGAAAUUUGGCGAAUGCGUCAGACGAUUGACGUAUUCUUGACCAUACCGAUCGACUAUCCCAAAAAUGAAUGCAAACUAUCUAUACCAGAGAGCUUCAGUAAAAAUAUCCUUUUCAGAAGUGAUUCUGAUCUCAAUUUAUCUACUCUUAAAGAGACUGAACUAAGUGUGUCUACUAAUUUUCUGAAUUACGAGUUCGGGUCUGAUAACUUGCUACACAGAUUGAAUUUUUUCAUCAACAAUUUCUGGGCUUUUUGUCUCACGCAAAAUCAGUUUCAUACUUGGAAGAGUAAUAUGAAGUAUUUAACUAGCUCUUGA